UGUGAAAGGGCUCGAGAGAGAAUUCUCAUUAAUUUCUCUUGCUUGGACAUCUUUUUUCUUUGUUUUUUCUUUUUUCUUUUCCGGCCCAGACAAACAUUUUCGAAUCAUUUUCUUGUUAUGGUGCUUGGUUGAAAAUCGUUCUUUAAUCCCAUACCAUGUGAUCGCAGUUUCCUUAUCUCUCAAUCAAUUAGUUAAACAUAUAAACAAUUCUAUCUGAAGUAAUCCUACCUUUACCCAUUUCAGAAUUGUUGACUUGCUGCUUGCUGGCUGGCUUGUUUUGGUAAUCAGGAGGAAACAAGUGACUGUUCCUUUUAUCCUUUCCCAGAAGUUUCUAUGGGCACAUAUUAAUCUUGGACAACUUCUCUGACUUGGAGAGACACAGACAGGCUCAAUAAGAAGAAGAGUUUUUAUUUAUUUAUUUAAAUUGUGGAGUUUGAUAUAGCAGCAGAAAACGCGUUUUGGUAAAAGCGACAUUUUGUUCUAGAAAAAAGACAGAAAAAAAAAAAUCUGGUAUUGGGAAGUGAGACUUACAGUUGAAGCAAGAUUUGGAAAAGAAAUGAUUUUUUAGAAGUGGUAAAAAAAAAUUAGUGGAAGAAUUUGAAUGGUGAAGAAAAGAUCCAGAAGGGGCUAACUGAACUAACGGUGCCAUCUCUCCUGCGACAGUUGAAACAAAAUGGAAACUAUAUUCAAGGGAUCGCCGUACACGCGGCGACAUGAUCUAGAGGCUGGAGGAAGCCGCUCUAUUGACGACGAUGACUCCUCUAGUCCCUUUGAUAUUCCUAACACUAAAAAUGCCUCUAUUGAGCGUCUCCGUCGCUGGAGGCAAGCUGCACUUGUACUGAAUGCUUCUCGGCGGUUCCGAUACACCUUGGACUUGAAAAAGGAAGAAGAGAAACAGCAAAUACUAAGAAAGAUAAGAGCACAUGCUCAAGUCAUACGAGCUGCGUAUCGAUUUAAAGCAGCUGGGGAGCAAGCAAAUGGAACCAUAGAAUCACAGUCAAUUCCCAAAGGUGAUUUUGGAAUUGGACAAGAAAAACUAUCUACAAUAACAAGAGAUCAUAAACUUGAUGAGUUGGAGGAAAUUGGGGGGGUAAAAGGGCUUUCUAAUCUGUUAAAAACCAAUAUAGAGAAGGGAGUCCAUGGUGAUGAUGCUGAUUUACUUAAGCGCAAAAAUGCAUUUGGAUCAAACACGUAUCCUCAGAAAAAAGGAAGGAGUUUCUGGAUGUUCCUUUGGGAAGCUUGGCAAGAUCUUACCUUGAUCAUAUUGAUGGUUGCUGCUGUGGCUUCUUUGGUGCUGGGUAUAAAAACAGAGGGUAUCAAGGAGGGAUGGUAUGAUGGGGCCAGCAUUGCUUUUGCUGUUAUUCUUGUCAUUGUUGUGACAGCUGUCAGUGAUUAUAAACAAUCUCUUCAGUUUCAAAAUUUAAAUGAGGAGAAGAGAAAUAUACAUAUGGAGGUUAUUAGAGGUGGGAAAAGAGUUGAUGUUUCCAUAUAUGAUCUUGUUGUUGGGGAUGUUGUGCCCCUCAACAUUGGUGACCAGGUACCUGCUGAUGGAAUUCUAAUUACUGGUCACUCUCUUGCAAUUGAUGAAUCAAGCAUGACUGGGGAAAGCAAGAUUGUACACAAGAAUUCUAGAGAACCAUUUCUAAUGUCUGGAUGUAAAGUGGCAGAUGGUAGUGGCACCAUGCUGGUGACAAGUGUGGGGAUUAACACUGAAUGGGGGUUACUUAUGGCUAGCAUUUCAGAAGAUACUGGUGAAGAAACACCGUUGCAGGUGCGCUUGAAUGGGGUUGCGACCUUCAUUGGGAUUGUUGGAUUGACAGUAGCUUUUCUUGUCUUGAUUGUCCUUAUAGUUAGAUUCUUUACAGGCCAUACAAAGAAUGCAGAUGGAAGUCGUCAGUUUACAGCUGGUAAAACCAGUGUUGGUGAUGCAGUGGAUGGAGCCAUUAAAAUUCUUACUGUUGCGGUAACCAUUGUUGUAGUUGCAGUGCCUGAAGGGCUUCCCUUGGCUGUUACUUUAACGCUUGCCUACUCUAUGAGAAAAAUGAUGGCAGAUAAAGCCUUGGUGCGUAGGCUUGCAGCCUGUGAAACCAUGGGCUCUGCAACAACCAUUUGCAGUGACAAAACUGGAACUUUGACCUUGAAUCAGAUGACUGUUGUUGAUGCUUAUGUUGGUGGUAAAAAAAUUGAUCCCCCGGAUAACAAGUCACAACUGUCUCCUAACCUGUUCUCCUUACUGAUUGAAGGCGUGUCGCAGAACACAAAUGGAAGUGUUUUUAUUCCUGAGGAUGGAGGAGAGACUGAGGUUUCUGGAUCGCCAACAGAAAAAGCUAUUCUUGUUUGGGGAGUCAAGCUGGGGAUGAAUUUUCAAGCCUCCCGAUCAGAAUCAACUAUUAUUCAUGUUUUCCCAUUCAACUCUCAGAAAAAAAGAGGCGGUGUGGCACUGCAAUUGCCUGAUUCUGAAGUGCAUAUACAUUGGAAGGGGGCUGCCGAAAUAGUUUUAGCCUCCUGCACAACAUACAUGGAUGGAAAUGAUCAACUAGUACCGUUGGAUGAUGAAAAGGCUUUAUUUUUCAAGAAAUCUAUUGAAGAUAUGGCAGCUCACAGUUUGCGUUGUAUUGCUAUUGCUUAUCGACCUUAUGAGAUGGAUAAAAUUCCAGUUAAUGAACAAGACCUGACUCAAUGGCAGUUGCCUGAGGAUAAUCUUGUGUUGCUAGCUAUAGUUGGCUUAAAGGACCCUUGUCGCCCUGGAGUCAAAGAAGCUGUGCAACUAUGUCAAGAUGCUGGUGUGAAGGUGCGCAUGGUCACUGGUGAUAAUAUUCAAACUGCUAGAGCAAUUGCUUUGGAAUGUGGGAUUCUAGGUUCAGAUGAAGAUGCAGUGGAGCCUAUUCUUAUUGAAGGAAAAGUUUUUCGGGCCUACUCAGAUGAAGAAAGGGAAAAAGUUGCCGAGAGGAUAUCUGUAAUGGGACGAUCUUCUCCGAAUGACAAGCUUCUGCUUGUGCAAGCAUUGAGAAAGAGGAAACAUGUUGUUGCCGUAACUGGGGAUGGUACAAAUGAUGCACCUGCUUUGCAUGAGGCGGAUAUUGGCCUUUCAAUGGGGAUUCAAGGAACAGAAGUUGCCAAGGAGAAUUCAGAUAUUAUUAUCCUGGAUGAUAACUUUGCAUCAGUUGUGAAGGUUGUACGAUGGGGUAGAUCCGUAUAUGCAAAUAUUCAGAAAUUUAUCCAGUUUCAGCUUACUGUUAAUGUUGCUGCUCUCAUUAUAAAUGUUGUAGCUGCAGUUUCAUCUGGUGAUGUCCCAUUAAAUGCUGUUCAGCUUCUCUGGGUUAACCUUAUCAUGGAUACUCUUGGAGCGCUGGCAUUGGCAACUGAACCACCUACGGAUCAUUUAAUGCAUAGGCCUCCUGUUGGUCGCAGGGAACCUCUAAUAACCAACAUCAUGUGGAGGAACCUGCUGAUACAGGCAGCAUACCAGGUGAUCGUGUUGCUUGUCCUUAAUUUCCAUGGAAAGAGUUUAUUGGGUUUGAAGAAUGAUGACCCUGAGCAUGCAAACAAAGUGAAGGAUACCUUGAUAUUCAAUGCAUUUGUGCUCUGUCAAAUAUUCAAUGAAUUUAAUGCCCGGAAGCCAGAUGAGCUAAAUGUUUUUGAUGGAAUCACAAAGAAUCAUCUUUUCAUGGGGAUCGUUGCAGUAACACUUGUUCUUCAGGUCAUUAUAAUCGAGUUUAUCGGGAAAUUCACUUCAACCGUAAGACUUAAUUGGAAGCAGUGGGUGAUUUCUCUUGUUAUUGCCUUUAUCAGUUGGCCUUUGGCUCUUGUUGGCAAACUGAUACCUGUUCCAGAAACUCCCUUGCACAAGUUCUUUUCCAGGUGUUUUCGACGAGGGAACUCCCAGAGUGAUUCAGUUUAAGGCACAAAGGACUUCUGCUAUCAAUCUAUCCAAAUACAAAGUGUUCCAAAAGGCGGGUUUUUUCCUUUUUCGGUUGGUUUUGUAGUUUGGUGCAGAUUUACACGUUUACAGUUUUUAUUGAAAGAAAGAAAAUGGUAGAUAGUAAUGUCUUCUUUAUAAAUUUUGUGAAUUCUUUUUCUUCUCACAAUGUCUUGCCUAGAUCUUCUAACCCAGAUGACGGGACUCGAAAUAGUAGAGAACACUUUUCCUUUUUCAGACGGAUUGCGAUUGUACAUAUAAAUUUUAAUUCAAAAAAAGCUCGUCUUUCGUGUUUUUCCA